AUGACGUCACCGCUCAACAUCAGCCAACAAGACCUAGCCCUUAUGGCCGGCAAAUACGGAGAUGCCGCCAUGAUCCUCAACGCCACUUACUUCGGGAAGGGGGUUGUAAUUCUCACCAAAACCCUCACUGGCGAGAGUAUGGAUGUCAUCGAUGAACCAAAAACCAACAAAACAACAGACAUUAUCGAUGUCAACGUAGUUCAGAUCGCAUUCUGCGUCCUCUACACAAUGAUCUUCGUUUUGGGAGUCUUCGGAAAUGUUCUUGUCUGCUACGUCGUAUUCAGAAAUAAAGCAAUGCAAACAGUCACGAAUCUCUUCAUAACUAAUUUGGCUUUAUCAGAUAUACUGUUAUGUUUAUUCGCAGUACCUCUAACGCCUAUGUAUACGUUUCUAGGACGAUGGGUAUUUGGAAGACUUCUAUGCCAUCUGAUGCCAUAUGUUCAAGGGACUAGCGUUUACAUAUCCACAUUAACCCUUACAUCUAUUGCUAUAGACAGAUUCUUCGUUAUCAUAUAUCCAUUUCAUCCACGUAUGAAACUCAAUACUUGUAUAUUUAUAAUUAUUUUCAUAUGGCUAUUCUCUCUCGUCGUUACAUGUCCUUAUGGACUCUUCAUGGGCUUGUUGAUCACAAAGAAUAAAACUUAUUGCGAAGAAAGUUGGCCUUCCGAUAGAUCGAGAAGAAUAUUUGGAGUGUUCACAACAGUACUUCAAUUCUUAAUACCGUUCCUAGUGAUAGCCAUAUGUUAUACUUGCGUUAGUAUAAGAUUAAACGACCGAGCGAGGUCUAAACCUGGUGCUAAAAAUACUAGAAGAGAGGAAGCUGACAGAGAUCGAAAGAGGCGGACAAACAGAAUGCUUAUAUCAAUGGUCGCCAUAUUUGGAAUAUCAUGGCUUCCUUUAAAUUUGAUAAACAUAUUCAACGAUUUUUAUGCACAAAUGACAGAGUGGAACUACUACUAUGUGUCAUUUUUUCUGGCACAUUCUAUGGCGAUGGCGUCAACGUGCUACAAUCCAUUUCUUUAUGCAUGGUUAAAUGAGAAUUUUAGGAAAGAAUUCAAGCAAGUACUACCAUUUUUUGAGUCUACUGGUGGAGUACGUAAUAGCUAUCACUCAGGUCGUAUGCCAACACAUAAAUCAGAUAAAAUAUGUAACGGCAACGAAACCAUACAAGAAACUUUAUUAGCUUCUUCUAUUAACCGAGGCCCAUCCAUAAAACAAAGAAUUUUAGAGGGUAGCGGUAAGAGAGAUGGUGUUGAAGUUGAAAAUAUUCUGUUGGAAGAUAAGACGAUCUCUGCCACUUUUAAUACGAAAAGUGAAAAUAUUAAUUUGCAGUUGAUCGAUGAAGAGUCACAGCUGAGCGAGUCUAAGGAUACUAAAAUUCCUCCUAUUUAA